AUGACUUCUUUUGAUACAGCUACUGCAACACCCUCAGCAGUUUCUGAGCUCGUAGUAACACCUGCAGCAUCCAAAGACAACAACUCGCUUCAGGGGCCAAUAGUUGCCUCAAUCGACUCAGGAUCAGUUCAGGCAUAUGCGAAAUUAGAAGGCGAAGAUUUAUGCUACUACAUGCGUACACUUCAAGUAUCUCUAGGUAGAAAGGUGUCCAAUCCCAACAACGUGGACAUACCAUUAGGCAAUACCAAAUCUGUCUCCAGACAACAUGCCCGACUCUUUUACAACUUUUCAUCGCAGCGAUUUGAAUUGAUGGUAUUUGGCAAGAACGGUGCAUUUGUGAAUGAACGUUUUGUUGAAAGAGGUGUUACUGUGCCGCUAGAAAACAAGACCAAGAUACAGAUUGGCGAAAUGGCAUUUGUGUUUUUACUACCCAAGAAAGAGCCUGAUAACAGCGCGAAUAAAAGUAAUAAUGCGCCAAAGCACAACAUUGACGAUUUUGGAUACAUAUCGACCCCACAUCAACUAGAAAAAGUAAUGACAAACAUACAGUCAACGGAAAACCACACAUCAACCUCUUCAUCAGCGCAUGACGACUAUAAUAGAGAUGAUAAUUCAAUACAAGACGACAAUGAUCACCACAGUGAAACAUCAGAGACUGCCAACCCUUACAACAACAGAGAUAUCAAACCACCGUAUUCUUACGCUUCAUUGAUUGCACAAGCUAUAAACUCUUCCAGCGACAAGCGAAUGACCUUGAAUGGCAUCUACAAUUACAUUACUACAAAUUACCCUUAUUAUCAAAUGGCACAGAAUGGCUGGCAGAACUCCAUUCGGCAUAAUUUGUCUCUCAACAAAGCAUUCGUUAAAGUGCCGCGAGGUGAUGCUGAACCUGGCAAAGGUGCUUUUUGGACAAUCGACUCUAAUGCUGAAACCCAAUUUACGAAUGGCGUUUAUAAACGUAAUAAGAGAGCGGGUGCUCCUCUUUCUUCGUCAUCAUCAUCGCAAGCGACAGCACAAGCACAUAAAUCUGACACAGCAGAAAGCGCGCGGAAAAAGAUAAAAAAGGAACACCAUUACAGUAAGUUAGACUCAGAAGAUCCCCAAGAAGAAGAGGAAGAGGAAACAGCAGGCUCAGCCGUGGAGGUUGCCACCACCAAUGUCGAGGAUGAUACUGCCAUGUCUACAGUUACAACCAAAGAAGCAACUAAAACAAAUAAGAGUAUGCCAGAUGCUGGCCAACCGGCUACUGUGAUACCACCAGUGACAGCAUCCCCGUUGCAGAAGGAAUCAAUCGAUACAUCGACUUCACAGAUUGAACCCUUAUCAUCUGCUGCUCCCCCUUCCUCUACGACGGCAUCUAUUAAAACAUCAAAUAACAUCUCAACGGAGGUAUCAGAGGCAUCAGCAACAAAAGUAUCCCCUGAACAUAAGCAACAACAGCAAGAGGCUCAAGCACAACUACAACUACAACUGCAAAAUACAAUAAGACAGCAUUUGCUGGACCCUGUGCAAUAUCCAUUACCACCUUCUAUAGCACAAUUAUUACCUCAAGCGAUUGCACAGCUGCCUCCGCAACUAGCGACACAAUUAUCGUCUACUUUGCAACAACAAGUCAAAACUGAUAGUGCCACUGUGGUAGAGAAUGCGGCUACAGCAACAACAGAAAUGUCAACAACACCAGCAGCAGUACCACCAAAGACAUCAACAUCAGAAGCAGAUGUUAGUAAUUUGGAAGUUACUGGAAGCGCCCCUAAAUAG